AUGGUGAUAGAAAUGGCCAGCCAGAAUUUCCUCCAGCCGGUCUCAUCCUGGAUUUCUCGCAUGUGUGAAGCUGUUCAUCUUACUGGUGGCCCGGUAUCCAAUUCUCAAACAAAUUUAAAUGAUUCGGAGUCAAGAGUGAAUAAAAAUCAAGGCUCUGAGUGUAACGAUGAUUAUGAGCAGAACCUGGACGAAUUAUCGGAAGAUGAAGAGUUGUCGUGUGGAAAGGCACAUCUUCAUACUUCGGACGCAGAUUCAUGGACAUCUACUGAUGAUGAGGAGGACAACCGUAGCUUGGCCCAGAAGAGUCAAGUAAGUGUACAGCUAGCAGAAUCUAGGACUGGCACACCAUGCCAACCUGAAAAACGACGUUUUAGCGGACAGAGUCGAGAUGAUAGCAGUCUUUUCGAAUCACUCUCAGUAAUUCCGGAAGAUAAUGAAGAAUAUGUAAAUAGAGAAAUAACUGCUCUUCUAAAGGAUCUUGAAACAACAUCUUUUAGCUCUUUAGGAACCGUUAUUGGCAAGAAUUCCAGAGAUUUGGAUGUUAUUAGUUACCAGUCAUAUAAUGAAGAUGGUGUAUUGGUUCAUUCCCGUGCGGCAUCAGAGGCUAGUGAACUACAGGAUGCUAGACAGGAGAUUGGGUCCAUCUCUAGCAGAAACCAACAAAUUUUUUUGUAGAUGGUCAGGAAAUGGAGACUGGCUUUAGCAACAAUGGAUUUGAAGAUCACGAUGGUACAGACAGUUCGCCUGCAUUGAGCCCAGAGGAACAAGGAGAAGGUAGCCUUGAACCUUGUGCAGGCCAUGUGCCAAUUUCCAAAUGUGGCGACCUGGACAUUGCCCUUGAUUACAAAUCUUCCAGCCAAAAGCUGACUCUAACAGUUGUGGAAGCCAAAGAUAUUCCUGAUAAGGAUCGUAGUGGAGUAAGCACAUGGCAAGUCCAUGUUGUCCUACUGCCAAGCAAAAAGCAAAGAGGAAAAACCGCUGCACAAAAAGGCUCUAAGCCUGUCUUUAAUGAGACCUUCACAUUCAACAAGCUUGAAAUGGAGGAGCUGGCCAACCAUGCCAUUCGAUCCGUUUGUAUGCUGUACAGAAUAGGAUCCAUGAAAGGAUGAUGGGUGAAAAGCUCUUUUCAUUGAAGAAUAUUAGCUCUGAUGGGGAAAUCAGAAGGACGUUGGUCUUAGAGCCCAGGAGCAACUUAAGUAGCGGUAACUCCCGGUUCAGUUUUUCUGCGGUCUCGCCGACUGGUAGCGCUUUGUCCUCACAAUCUCUGUCACAUGGCGGGGUGCCGGAACUUCUGGUGGGGCUGUCGUAUAACGCCACUACAGGACGCCUUUCUGUGCAAAUGAUCAAAGGAAGCCACUUUCGUAACCUCGCCAUUAAUAAGCCACCUGAUACCUAUGGAAAGCUUUCUCUUUUGAACGCUGUGGGACAGGAAUUGUCGUGCUGUAAGACAUCAGUACGUAGGGGUCAACCAAACCCAGUCUACAAAGAAACGUUUAUCUUCCAAGUUGCCCUGUUUCAGCUCACUGACGUCACGCUGAUGAUUUCAAUAUACAACCGGCGUACAAUGAAAAGGAAGGAAAUGAUUGGAUGGAUUUCACUGGGUCAGAACAGCAGUGGAGAGGAGGAGCAAGUUCAUUGGCUGGAAAUGAAAGAGUCAAAAGGCCAGGAAGUCUGUCGAUGGCACACACUGCUGGAAGCUUAA